AUGACAGAUUCUGACGAUGACGUUCCCACUCUUCCACCCGACACGCUUGAGAUCUUACGACGUUUUCAAGAGGAACAACAGAAAAUCGCCGACGGCAUGGAAGUUGUAGCAGAAGACUGGCAGCUGAGCCAGUUCUGGUAUUCCCCUGACACCGCUCGACAGUUAUGCCGUGAGCUAGUUUAUGCUGUUGGGGGGAAAGGACGAAUUGCCUGCAUAUCGUGCCCUACACUUGUCCAGUAUUUUCCGGAAGUUGAGCAGUACGAUAACAACAUGAUUACCGUGACCUUGUUUGAGUAUGAUACACGUUUUGCGAAAAAGUUCCCUUCUGAAUAUAUCUCUUACGACUAUCGACAUCCACUUGCGAUCCCUGAAGAGCUGAAAGGAAGCUAUGACGUUGUCAUUGCUGAUCCGCCAUUUCUUGCCGAUGAAUGCCUGUUGAAAACUGCUCAAACCGUCCGACUCCUAGCAAAAUCAGAUGCAAGAAUCCUUCUCUGCACCGGAACCAUCAUGGAAGAAAGGGUAAGAGAUAUCCUUAAUGCAAAGAGUGUAUGGCUAAUGGGGGAGGGGGUUCUGUAG